AUGAAAGGUAAGUGGAGUAACGCAUAUCAAAAAAACGAUAAAGCAUUUCCCUGUGGCAUAAAGCACAUGCGAUAAAUAAAACACGGGAGCCGAGAGACCCAUUACAGAUAGAAAAUCCUUCACCGUGCUCUUCUCACUGACUAUCUCUCUUGUUGUAUGCAUAACUAGUAUGAAAACGCAAAUACCCCAGGCAUACGAAGACAUUGCUAGAAAAACUGCAAGUCCAUUUAAACUGUACGAUGCCAAAGGCAUUCGUCUUAGGCGCAGUUUUGGUGGAAUGGUGAUCUUUGCAGAGGAAGCCUCGAUAAAGAGACAAUCAAUACAAUACUGAAUUGA